AUGGCGCAGACGACUGUGGUGGUGCCGGAGGUGGGCAUGACGGCUGCCACGCCCACUGCGUGCCCCUGCCCUGGGUCGCUGUUCCCGUACCCGCCGCCGCGUGCCGGGAUGGCCGUGAGCCGCAAGUGCCUGCGGGCGGCGCAGGCGGAGCUUGGCGCGGGGAUGCUCAGUGGCCUGGUCGAGUCCAUGCGGGCGUCCUCCCCCACGCACGCCAGGGCCGCCGCCGCCCUCGCCGCCGGCGUCGACGACGAGCACGCCGCCUGGAUGGCAAGGCACCCGUCCGCCCUGGGAAAGUUCGAGGAGAUCGUGGCCGCGUCCAAGGGGAAGCAGAUCGUCAUGUUCCUGGACUACGACGGCACGCUGUCCCCCAUCGUCGAUGACCCCGACGCCGCCUUCAUGAGCGAGACGAUGCGGAUGGCAGUGCGCAGCGUGGCCAAGCACUUCCCGACGGCGAUCGUGAGCGGUCGGUGCCGCGACAAGGUGUUUGAGUUCGUGAAGCUGGCGGAGCUCUACUACGCCGGCAGCCACGGCAUGGACAUCAAGGGCCCAGCCAAAUCCUCAAAGUCCAAGGCCAAAGGAGUUCUCUUCCAACCAGCAAGCGAGUUCCUGCCCAUGAUAGAAGAGGUGCAUCAACGGCUGAUAGAGGAGACGAAGCACGUAGCCGGGGCCAAGGUGGAGAACAACAAGUUCUGCGUGUCCGUCCACUUCAGAUGCGUCGACGAAAAGCAUCAUGAUGUGCAGAGCUGGGGCGCGCUGGCGGAGACGGUGAAGGGCGUGAUGCGGGAGUACCCGAAGCUGCGCAUGUCGCAGGGGCGGAUGGUGUUCGAGGUGCGGCCCACCAUCAAGUGGGACAAGGGCAAGGCCCUCGAGUUCCUGCUCGAGUCGCUGGGCUUCGCCGACUGCCCCAACGUGCUGCCCGUCUACAUCGGCGACGACCGCACCGACGAGGACGCCUUCAAGGUGCUGCGCCGGAGGGGCCAGGGCGUCGGGAUCCUCGUCUCCAAGCACCCCAAGGACACCAGCGCCUCCUUCUCGCUGCAGGAGCCGGCCGAGGUCAUGGAGUUCCUGCUCCGCCUCGUCGAGUGGAAGCAGCUCUCCAGGGCGCGCCUCAGGCUGCGGCGUCAGGCCGACGCCUGA